CCCAGAAUGCUGCGCUGCCCCGUUAGUUCAGCUUGGUCAGUGCGCUUGGCAAGAGGACAGGCUAGUGUGUCAGCAGCAUCAGCGCUGGGGGAACUGCGUCUCACCAAACCAAGAGGAGGAGACAGGAUACCUGUAAUCUGCCAUGACGACAGAACCAGGUGAGGACUCAAAGGAGCGGGACCAGCAGGGCAGUGCAUCGCAGCCUGCUCAGGCCCAGCCGCCCAACACGGCUCAGCCUGCUCACAUCCCCCCGCUGGGCGACGAGGAGCAGUUUCCUGCUGCUGCCGCUCACAGCACGCCCACCAGAAAGGACCAGAACGGCGAGAGAGGGGCAGAGGGCACUCCCCUGGGGAAGCACGAUCAGUUUGAAGACGAUAAAGCGUCUCCGAGGUCAUCUACCAGCAAGCUCUCCAAGUCCCCCGGGAAGACCUCAAAGAAUCCCAGGAACAUGCAGUGCAAAAUCACCCUCUUGGAUGGGUCGGACUACAUCUGCGUCGUGGAGAAACGGUCCAAAGGACAGGUACUAUUUGACAAGGUUUGUGACCAGCUCAACCUGUUGGAAAAGGACUACUUUGGCAUCACAUUCCGUGACAUGGAGAACCAAAAGAAUUGGGUGGACCCUGCUAAGGAAAUGAAAAAACAGAUAAGAAGUGUGGCCUGGAAUUUUUCAUUCAAUGUCAAGUUUUACCCACCAGAUCCUGCACAGCUUUCUGAGGAUAUCACCAGGUAUUACCUCUGCUUGCAACUGCGGGAUGAUGUGGUUUUGGGCCGCUUGCCUUGCUCCUUUGCCACACACACCGUCCUCGGUUCCUACACGGUCCAGUCGGAGCUGGGAGAUUACGACCCAGAGGAGUACGGAAGUGACUAUGUUAGCGAGUUUCGCUUUGCUCCCAACCAGACCAAGGAGCUGGAGGAGAAGGUCAUGGACCUCCACAAAAACUACAAAGGGAUGACACCAGCUGAGGCUGAGAUGCAUUUCCUGGAAAACGCCAAGAAACUGUCUAUGUAUGGAGUGGACCUCCAUCAUGCCAAGGAUUCAGAGGGUGUGGAGAUCAUGCUGGGGGUGUGUGCCAGUGGACUUCUCAUUUAUCGUGACAGAUUGCGCAUCAAUAGGUUCGCCUGGCCCAAAGUCCUCAAGAUCUCCUACAAAAGGAACAAUUUCUACAUCAAAAUCCGCCCAGGGGAGUUUGAGCAGUUUGAAAGCACGAUAGGCUUCAAACUUCCAAACCACCGAGCGGCAAAGAGGCUUUGGAAAGUCUGUGUGGAGCACCACACCUUCUUCAGGUUGGUGUCUCCGGAAGCCCCUCCCAAAAAGUUCCUCACGCUCGGCUCUAAGUUCCGCUACAGCGGCCGGACCCAGGCCCAGACCCGACGGGCCAGCUCCCAGAUCGUCCGCCCGGCGCCGUACUUCGAACGCUCCUCCAGCAAGCGCUACACCAUGUCCCGCAGUCUAGAUGGGGCUCAGCGGCAUCAUCCAAAAAAUACAGUGACUCUAGACCUGCCUGUCACUGUAAAUGACAGUAACGCACAAGAGAUGGGCACAGGCCAGUACGGGACAACCAAGGGAAUUGCCACGAGUGACCUCAUCACCACAGUAACGCCCGAGAAAAAAGUUGAGGAAGAAAAGGCUGAGAAAGAGGAUGAGGAGAAAACGAUGGUCAUGGAGCAGUCGGAGGUGUCCGAGCCGAUUCCAACAACCCCAGUGCGACAAGACAUGAAGACUGACAGCGAAUGGACAGAGACUAUUGCCGAUGGUGAGACCACAGCAACAGAGUCGGAUCAAGAAGAUGAAUCUGAGAUGAAGACGCAGGAAACGAAGACUCCAGAGGAGCUGAUGAAAUACCAAACCAAUAUAAGUGAACUGAAGCGUACGUUUUUAGAAACGGGUGCAGACACUUCUGCUCUCACAGAAUGGGAAAAGAGGUUAUCCACAUCACCAGUGCGGUCCCCAAGGCUAGAGGAAGCGCCCAUGAUCGAACCCCUUGUGCCUGAUGAAGCCAAACAUGAUGCAAAAGCGAUGGCUGCAGACAUCCUGCAAGUGAAGCACAGCGUUUUGGAAACGAGAAGCACCACGGAUUCUGAUGGGUGGGUUAUAGUAAACAAAGUCCCUCCCAAGGUAACAGAAAAGAAAAAUGUUGUCAACUAUAAAAUAGUGUCAGUGACUAGCACUGCCGUUGAUGGGGAGCACAAAGGCACUGAGUACAAAACCUACAAGGACUUCCGCAAUGAAAUCAAGUCAAAACAGGAGGAGAUGAAACAGAAACCCUACACUUUGGGGAAAUCCUACGACACCAUGUCGGGUAAAAUUGUCACCAUGACGGCCCGAACCAAAGAUUGUGACAAACCGGUGCAAUUGUACCCACAAGAAAAGAGGAUGGCGGAUAGGCCCCGACCGGCCGUGAAGAUCAUACCCGUCUCCGCCGAUUACGAGAUGCUAGAGUCAGCAGCCGAGGAUGGCAAAGGGACUUUGGUUACCAUAAAGGAGGCUGAAACUCCCUCGCCCUCUGAGGCCACUGUAGGCACUGUGAGGACUGUGAUGGCCAUCAGCUCAGGUGAGGAGAUAGGGCGAGCGAGAAAGCCUGAAGUGAGGUUACAGAAGGACAGCGUGGAGGGAUUCAAGGACCUGACUUCCACCAAGUCUCCAACAGGCCUGCGGUUGACCACUGCGCACUAUGUAACCAAAACUUCGCCUACAUCCAGAGCAGUGCCUAAACCCACCUUUGACGAGAUGUCCCCGGAGCUCACGGCUCUGCUGCAGUCAGCACGAGACCAGAUCAGCACAGUGGGAUGGGCCACCUCUCCUUCACAUAGUCAGACCAUUCUCAAGUCGACGGAGCGAAAAGAGACGAUCACACUGCAGAAGGCAGCCUCCCAGCAUCAGCAGGAGGAGGAGGACAAGCAGGAAGAGCAGGAAGAGGAGAAGGAGGAGCAGCAGGGAGUGACAGUGACUCAGGUGCUGCAGGAUACAGAGCUCCCGCCACAGGAACCUGUGCAAUCGCUGGUGUUCAAAACAGAGGCUGCAGGUUUCAGUAGCAUUACGCGAGAAGAGAGAGAGGAGCUUGUGACCAAGGAACACCCAGUAAUCAACACAGAAACAAAAACUAUUACAUAUGAAUCAUCACAGAAGGAAGCCGGAUCUGAUGCUGAUCCAGGGAUAUUGAUGAGUGCCCAGACCAUCACUUCAGAAACGACAAGCACCACCACAACUACGCAUAUCACAAAGACUGUGAAGGGUGGCCUCUCAGAGACAAGGAUUGAGAAGAGGAUUGUCAUUACAGGAGAUGCUGACAUUGACCAUGACCAGGCGCUGGCUCAGGCCAUUAAAGAAGCCAAAGAGCAGCAUCCAGACAUGUCUGUGACCAAAGUAGUGGUACAUAAAGAGACAGAGGUCACCCCAGAAGAGGGGGAAGAGUAAUGCAGGAUUAGACCUUCACCCUUCAGAGGACACACUUAUUUUACACCACAUGGAAUCAGACAGCUUCAGGAGUCAACGAUCACUCAUGAUGAAAACUCUGGCUUAUGUAUCUCAAAAUCCAGUCCAAUCCAUCACCUGAAAAUGCAUACUGCAUGAAAAGGGAGCAAUUCUGCAUUUUUUGAAAUAAAAAUGUGAUCAAAAACCCAAAAGUUACGUAUACAGUUUCUUAUCUACCUGCACGUACAGACAGAUGGCAGGACGAUUCAAAGGAAAAAAAGAACAUUUUUAUUCACUGCCUUAUGGAGUAAUGACUUUUAAAGUGAUAUAAAUAAUCAUUUAAGUAGCAUCAUUUUAUUUGUGAAAAUAAAAUGUUCAAAAGAAUAAUGUAGGCUGAAUAUGUAAGUGUGCACAAUAUUUAACCAUUCAGUAGAUGUGCCAACCACACCACCAAGCCCGUGAUCCUUCACUUAACCUUCCAAGCCCAUUUUAUCUCAUUUUACUCAUACUGCCUGCUAAAUAAAGACAACCUUCACAUUACAUUUUAAAGGUCUGAAUAGAGUACAAAUAUGUACUUUAGGCCGUAUAUUAUUCUUGGAGGCUUUAGUCAUUUUUAGUUUGAAUUGUCUCUUUUUUCCACAAAUUAUCAAAUUAAUCGAGAGGAAGCUUGUGUAUAUUUUAAAAAUAAUAAGAUUGCUGCUCGAGGAAACCAAUUCUGUGACCUAGCAAAUGGUGUGUCACCACACGGCAAACUGUAUUCUUCCUUAUUCUUUGUCAUGUCAGUGGAAGUCCAAGAGCUCCCCUCCACACUCUUUGUCGGGCAUGGCCGAGCCUUAAAACUACAGAACGGACAGCAUUUCUGGUGCUGUCCUAAACUAUGUGUGUGCGUGUGUCUGGACAUCCUGCCCCAUCUCUUCAUCAUCUUCAGUACCAUCUAUGUUAAAUGUGCUUCCACAUUAGUGAAAUAAAAGUGAUAAAUGCA